CCGGCUGUGGAGGUUAAGGUGGCGGUUCCCCCUGAGGAGGGUGUUUGUCUUUAAAGCUGACGCUCCCCGUCCCCCUCCCCGCAGGGAAGGCUGAGGGCGCUGCCGGCGCUGAAGUCCUUGUUGGGGUCCCCGCCCCGGAGCCUCUCAGCGGUCCUUUUGACUGAGGGUGAGGUGAUUGAGACGCCGUGCUGAUUUCUUUGAAGGCACAGUCUGUGACUCCUCAACAUAUCCUUGCCUGAGAAAACAACCCAGACCCUCAUCAGGACCAGGGCCAAAUGGCUGCUUCUCAGGGACCAUUGACUUUCAGGGAUGUAGCCAUAGAUUUCUCUCAGGAGGAGUGGGAAUGCCUGGACCCAGCUCAGCGGAAAUUGUACCUGGAUGUGAUGUCUGAGAACUAUAGCAACCUGGUCUCUGUGGCUAUCUUAUCUGAAGACAACCAGGCCAUUCUGCAAAAGCCAAAAAUAAGAGAUUUAUUCCCUAAAAUAAUACUGAAUACGUGCAAUGAAGACAGAAGUUAUCAAUGCAAGGAGCAUGGGAAAAAUUUUACCCAAGGGUCAAAUUCUAAUAUACAUCAGAAAAUUCAGCUUCCAGAGAACCAUUAUCAAGGUGGAAAAGUCUUUGGCCAAUUGUCAAAUCAAAUUAUACUUCAGUUUAUUCCUACUGUGGCAAAAACAAACAAACGAAGAACAUGUGACAAACUUUUGAAACAAUCUACAAAUCGUACUGAACGAGAUUACGUGCACACCGGAGAGAAAGCUUGCAAAUUUAAUUCCUGUGCGAGAAUCUUCAGUCAGAUACUCAAUAUAAAUAAACUUAAGAAAAUUCGUACUGGAGAAAAACAUUACAAAUGUAAAGAAUGUGGUAAAACAUCUAAUUUUCUUUCAAAUAUUCGUCAACAUGAGAGAAUUCAUACUGGAGAGAAGCCUUAUAAAUGUAGAGAAUGUGGCAAAGCCUUUAUUGAUUCCUCCUCCCUUAAUAAACAUCAGAGCGUUCAUACUGGAGAGAAGCCUUAUGAAUGUGGGGAAUGUGGCAAAGCCUUUACCAGAUCCUCAUACCUUACUUAUCAUCAGAGAGUUCAUACUGGAGAGAAGCCUUAUGAAUGUGGGGAAUGUGGCAAAGCCUUCAGUAUCUCCUCAAAUCUUAAUCAACAUCUGAAACUUCAUACUGGAGAGAAGCCCUAUCAAUGUAGAGAAUGUGGCAAAGCCUUUACCAGAUCCUCACUCCUUACUUAUCAUCAGAGAUUGCAUACUGGAGAGUCGCCCUAUAAAUGUAGAGAAUGUGGCAAAGCCUUCGGUGUGGCAUCUACACUUACUUUUCAUCAGAGAGUUCACACUGGAGAGAAGCCUUAUAAAUGUAGUGAAUGUGGCAAAGCCUUCAGUUUCUCCUCAAACCUUAAUCAACAUCAGAAACGUCAUACUGGAGAGAAGCCUUAUAAAUGUAGUGAAUGUGACAAAGCCUUCAGUGCCUCCUCAAACCUUAAUCGACAUCAGAAACUUCAUACUGGAGAGACACCUUAUAAAUGUGGAAAAUUCAGUAGGUCCUCAAGGUGUAGUAUGCAUCAGAGUAGUCACACUGGAAAGAAGCCUUAUAAAUGUAGUGAAUAUGACAAAGCGUUCUGUGACUCUUCAGACCUUAAGCAAUAUCAGAAACUUCAUUCUGGAGAGAAGCCUUUUACAUGUAGAGAAUGUGGCAAAGCCUUUGCCAGAUCCUCAGGUCUUACUUACCAUCAGAGACUUCAUACUGGAGAGUAGCCUUAUGAAUGUAGAGAGUGUGGCAAAGCCUUUAGUCAGUUCUCAAACCUUAGUAAGCAUCAGAGAGUUCAUACUAGCUAGAAGCCUUAUACAUGUAGAGAAUGUGGCAAAGCCUUUAACCAGUGCUCUUGCCCUAUUGUACAAUAAAGAGUACAUACUUGAGACAAGCCUUACAGUUUCAAGCAGUGCCAUUAGUUCUUUACCAGCAGUGAGAACUUACUCAGGGCCAAAGAAUUCAUACGGGUAUGAGGCCUUAUGAAAGGGAAAAAUGUGGAAAAGCCUUUAAAGAUAUUCGUGAUUUACUGUACAUGAGAGACUUCAUAGUGGAGAGAAACCUUAACAGAUGUAAGGAGUGUGGCAAAUCCUUUCCUCGACAGUGUGAUCUUAUUAAACAUCAGGUAAUUCAUUAUGAAGAGAAGCCUUACAAAUGUGAAGAAUUAGGCACAUUUUUUAAUGCCCAUUGCUGUCUUUCACAACACAAUACAAUUCGUACUGAAGAGAAGAACUAUAAAUAUAUUGAGUUAGUCAAAGCUUUUUUUUUUUUUUUUUUU